AUGCCCAUUGGAAGGGUGGGCUGGGGUUCCCACGGUCUUCGGGGGGCGGAGCGUCAUGGAGGGGCUGACGAUGAAGUGACAACGGCGCCGCCCAUCGUCAUCGCGCCAUUCGAAAUGAGUCCCAGGUACACCUACGCUGUAGUCUUCAUCGCCAGCUUAUUGGUGUUACAGUAUGUCGCCGCUCAGAGUGAUGAUAUGUACGAGCUGCAGCGAGUCGCUCGAGCUCCAAAAUUCAUUCGAUUCGGACGUGGCGGUGGAGCAAAAUUCAUACGAUUCGGACGAGGUGGCACGAAUACAUGGGUAAGUAGGUGGUUCUCCUGCUUAGCGAAUCAUUAUAGUGUUCCAGAGAAAUUAGCGAUUUGA